AUGGCGGUGCAGGUGACGGUUCUGCCUUCCCCCAGGUGUCUGUUCGAUGAGCCCGUGCAGAUCCGUGUGGCCGGUCUCCUGCCGCAGCAGGCGGUCACCCUCCGAGCCAGCCUGAUGGACGAGAGCGGGGAGCUUUUCCAAGCCCACGCUCGCUACAGAGCUGGGAGCAGCGGAGAGCUCGACCUCACCCGCUCCCCAGCGCUGGAGGGCAGCUAUUCGGGAGUGGAACCGAUGGGGCUGCUGUGGUCUCUGCAGUCCAAAGCGCCCUAUAAGCGACUGGCAAAGAGGAACGUCCUGACCCCUUUCUGUGUGGACUUGGAAGUGUAUGAGGGCCACGGGGACAUGAGCCGCCUGCUGGGAAAAUGCACCAAUGAACGAUGGUUUUUAGGAGAGGGGGUGAAGAGGAUUUCAGUCAGAGAAGGUCGUCUGAAAGCAACCCUCUUUCUCCCUCCUGGACCUGGUCCGUUCCCUGGACUUAUUGAUUUGUAUGGAUCUGGAGGAGGUCUUGUUGAAUACAGAGCAAGUCUCCUGGCUAGCAGAGGCUUUGUGACUCUGGCUCUUGCUUACAUGGCCUUUGAAGAUCUUCCUGCUAUGCCGGAGAUUCUUGAACUGGGCUAUUUUGAGGAAGCUGUGAAUUUUUUGCGGAACCAGCAGCAGGUGAAAGAUACUGGGAUUGGCGUUUUGGGCUUGUCUAAGGGAGCUGAUCUAGCCCUUUCCAUGGCCACGUUUCUACCUGGCAUCAAGGCAGCUGUUAGCAUAUCUGGAAGUGGGUUUAAUUCUUUUGUUCCCCUGCGAGGUGAUGGCUUCACUCUUCCUCCCCACCCAUAUGAUUUGGGGAGGAUGAAGACCAGCACCGAGUCUGGCCUAGUAGAUUUUUCAGAUGUCCUAGAUGAUCACAGGGACCCAGCAACUUGGGAUUGUCGCAUUCCCAUGGAGAGGUCCUUGGCCAAGUUCCUCUUCCUGUCCGGACUGGAUGACAUGAACUGGAAAAGUGACCUGUAUUGCCAGGAUGCUGUUCAGCGCCUUCAGCAGCAUGGACGGGAAGUAGAGUUUCGCUCCUAUUCUGGAGCAGGGCACCUCUUGGAGCCACCGUACUUGCCUCUCUGCCAGGCUUCGAUCCACAAAGUGCUUGGGGUCUUUGUGCAUUGGGGAGGGCAAUGGAGGGAGCAUGCCAAAGCCCAAGAAGAUGCAUGGCGCAGGAUACAGGCCUUUUUCUGGCGACACUUGAUGGACUCAGACAUCCCUAAGAGCAAACUGUAG